AUGGCCGGGCUCUAUCAUGGAAUGAACAGCAUGCAGAGAGAGCUGAGAGCAUGCAAGGAGAUGCAGAUAGAGCUGCAGAGAUCCAUCAAACAAGAAGUCUCUGCUGCUCUGAACCGCCCUAUACGGGUCCAAUGGUGGGCGGAACGACAACUAGAUGAUGCAUCACGCUGUCAUCUAGUAAGGAAAGGAACCUGUUGCGUCUGCUGCGAAAACAAAAUCGAUGCGCUCCUUUACAGGUGUGGACACAUGUGCACCUGCUCAAAGUGCGGGCGCGAGCUCCUCAACGGGGCCGGGAAAUGCCCAAUGUGUCGUGCACCCAUCAUCGAGGUCGUGCGAGCUUAUAGUCCAUAA